AGAGGUUAAGCAGAGAUAUCACUCUGACUCGUCUGUGACCUUGACUGACCUGACUCCGCCCUCAGAGACCAUGUCUUCUGCAGCCAUCGCUUUGCCGGCGGCACCUCCAGCCAAAUCUCCAAAAAAGAAAGCGAAGAAGGCGUCGGGCCCUACACUGUCCAGCCUGAUCUUGAAAGCUGUGUCUGGAUCCUCAGCGCGCGGCGGCGUGUCCCUGGCGGCACUCAAAAAGGCCCUGAAAGCCGGCGGCUACGAUGUGGUGAAGAACAAAGGCAGGAUCGGGGUGGCCAUCAAGCGGCUGGUGAAGAAAAAAACUCUGGUUCGGGCCAAAGGCUCCUUCAAACUGAACAAGAAGCCCCCCACACCGCGCAAGAAGAAGGUGGUGAAAAAGAAGGCCAAGGCCAAGAAGGUGAAGAAGGCAAAGGCCAAGAAAGCAGUCGCCGGAUCUGCCAAAAAAUCACCUAAAAAGAAGAAGGCAAAGAGCCCCAAGAAAGCCAAGAAACCAGCUGCGGCCAAAAAGCCCAAGAAGCCGAAGAGCCCCAAGAAGGCCAAACGCAAGGUGGCCAAGAAGGCCAAGAAGGCUCCUGCCAAGAAAUGAAGGCUGCUCCUCCAGGACCAUCAGCAGACGUUUCUGUCAGCCCUCGACUCUGUGUGGACUAAAAACUUUCUUUGCUAAAGCUUUUUUUGGUUUUCUGUUGUAGAAAAACCUUAAACUGGAUGCUGUUGCACUUUCUCCUCCUCUUUCUGUCAGUCUUUAAAAGACUAAAAUACAGGCUGGAAAUAAAGUCCUUUUGAUGUA